AUGUUGAACGGCGUCGAACGCAGCGGCAAAGUCAACAAAGCAGUUGGUCGUUGGUUGUUGUUAGCUAUGGCGGAAUUCAAGGAUCCGUCGCUGUGUGAAUAUCUGAUGCACGCAUCCACGCCCAGCACGAAAUCCAACCUGGUUAGGUGGCGUCCUCGAGUCGCGCACAGACUGGAACCGCCUGAGGAGAACAAUGGCGAAGAUCCUCGGAGCAAUGUCGAUGAGGCUUAUGUUGCGGUAGUUCUCACAUCUCAUCUUAUCUCCCUUCUUAUGGACAGACACAAUGAUGUCUGA